AUGGAUAUUUUCUUCUUUAAUCAGAGAGUCAAAUCAUUCCAAAUAACAACAUGGUUUAAUAAGCCAUUCAUUGUGAAUCCUUUACAAUGUGCUAGGUAUGGAUUUAUAAAUAUUGACAAUGAUAAGAUUGAAUGUUGUCAAUGUAAGACUAAAAAGUUGCUAAAAUCAUCCUUUGAUAAUAUCAAAAUAUCGAGUGAUGUGUUGGAAAAGAGAGCUUUGGAAUUUUGUGAGGAACUUAAAACCAGUCACACACCACAAUGUGUCUUUUAUAAUCAACCCUCACCUCUUCGAUUUACGCUCUUCUCUCAUCAGGAUACAUCAUCGGGAAAGAAUUCCAACAUUACCAAAAUUCACUGCUUUGAAUUCCACGACUUGAUGAAGAAGUUUAGAAAAAUCAAUAAGAGCUUGCACAUCAAUUUACCUAUGGAUCCAACAUUUGUAAAUGAAUAUUUUACAAAACACUCUCUCCUUAUUAAUAGAAUUUUGGAUCAGAUGCAUGUUGAGGAUGCAGAAGAGAGAGAAUUGUACACUACCUUUUGUUGGUUGAGUAUUUUUAAUUGGCAAAUUUUGAAUAAUGCUGACCUUCCAACACUCUCCUGUAGACAUUGCCAAAUGACUCACUAUUUGAAAGUUAAGAAUAAUUGCCUGACGAGUACAGAAAGUCUUCAUCCACACUCAAUGCACAGAUGGUGGUGCCCAUGUGUUCAUAUAAAUAAGCUCGUAGUCGAUUAUGAACAAAUUGUAGAAAAGGAAGACCAAAGUUACAUCAAAUCACUAACCAAACGUCAAUUGAAUGAAGAAGCAGGAUGGAAACAAAUGCUCGAUUCGAUUUCUACAGGUCUGUCAUCAGAGAGUGAACUGACUCAUAUUCAUAAGGACUCUCUUGAAAAUGAAUUCAACGCUGCAACACUUGUGAAAAAUAUUCUUGCCAAUUCAAUCUCAUCAGUUUUUGAAACUGAAAAGAAAAGAAAGGAUCAUUUGAAAAGUGUAUACGAUAAGGUUUAUUACAAAAACGAACAAGUUACCAAUGAAUCAUCCACAGUGGAAAAUAUCAUACUUAUUGAAAAUAAUCAAAUUGUUAGUGAAAAGCCAGCUAGUGAAAUUACAAUUAUUCAUGAUUUGCCACUCUUAUCAAAUAGCAAUGGUGUUAGUAUUACCCCUAAAGAAACCAAUCAAACACUACUAAUGGAUACUUCUGAUGAUGACAUUGAAAUUGACAAUUCUGAAAUAAUUAUUGAAACUAGUGAGAAAAUUCAACCAGCCCACUCGCCACCUAAACAUAUUCUUCAUCAGACAACUUUGGAUAAUUAUUUUCAUCCAAGUGAAACUUUACAACCCAAUGAUAAUAAUCAACCAACAGAGGAGGAGCUAGUCACAGAGGCAGAGCAACCAAUUAACGUGCCUUCCACUGAUGCUGCAGAGAAACCUAUUACUACAGAAAUGGGAGAUGAUAACUUGAUGAUAGAUACAGAAAUUAUUCCAAAUAUUGACACUACUACUAUCACAAGAAAUGAUUCACCUCCUGAGGAGAAGGUACUCUCUAACAUUACACCUCCAACACCAGAAGUGGAAUCAACAACAGCAGAUUUGAGUACACCACUAUCAGCAUCAGGUCUUUCAGAGUUUGAAGAAAAAACACCAAAAAAGAUGGAUUCAACCAAUAUUCAUACAUCUUCAAAGACUCCAUUCGAAUCGAGUAUUACAUCACCAUUGUCUAGUACGAGUGAUAUUGUUUCUCCCUCUGUUUUUAAGGGUACAACACCUAGCUCAGAGUCCAAACAAGAGGCCAAAUCUGAAACCAAGCCAAAACCACAACAACCAAAACCUCAAACACCUUCCAAAUCCAAUUCAGAUGAAAAGCCUAAAUCCAAGAAUGUGGCACCUUCUCCAUCAACAAACAAAUCAUCCUCCAAAGAAGAAACACAAUCUACUCACAAACCAUACAAAUCCAGAGAGUCAUCUUCAACACAAAACAGAAAGCCCUCUCAACCAAGAAAACCAAGAGAAGCUAGUAGCAGUAACAGUAACAGUACUGAGUCAUCAUCUUCCAAAAAACCUGCACAAACUAAUGAUAGAAGUACUCGUUCAAGCGAACAAAACAAGAGAAAGAAACCAAGUGGAUAUCAAACCUCAAAUCCCAAGACAAAGAACAACAAACGUUGA